CCCCGCGCAGCGUCUCCGCCUCGGCCGGCGGGGACCUAAAGCAGGAGCGGUCGCGGGGCCGGCCCGGACCCCCAGAGCGAGCGGGAGCGCGCGGGGCGCGGCGAGCCCCGGAGCCCGGCGGGCCGCAGCGAUGUUCCCCAAGGAGGCGACGUGGAACAUCUCGUUCGCGGGCUGCGGCUUCCUGGGCGUCUACCACGUCGGCGUGGCCUCCUGCCUCCGCGAGCACGCGCCCUUCCUGGUGGCCAACGCCACGCACAUCUACGGCGCCUCGGCCGGGGCGCUCACGGCCACGGCGCUGGUCACCGGAGCCUGCCUGGGCGAGGCAGGUGCCAACAUCAUCGAGGUGUCUAAGGAAGCCCGGAAGCGGUUCCUGGGUCCACUGCACCCCUCCUUCAACCUGGUAAAGACUAUCCGUGGCUGCCUGGUGAAGACCCUGCCUGCUGACAGCCACGAGCGUGCCAGUGGGCGCCUGGGCAUCUCCCUGACCCGUGUCUCUGAUGGCGAGAACGUCAUUAUAUCCCGGUUCAGCUCCAAGGACGAGCUCAUCCAGGCCAAUGUCUGCAGCACCUUCAUCCCCGUGUACUGUGGCCUCAUCCCUCCCUCCCUCCAGGGCGUACGCUAUGUCGAUGGCGGCAUCUCAGACAACCUGCCACUCUAUGAGCUCAAGAACACCAUCACCGUGUCCCCCUUUUCGGGGGAGAGUGACAUCUGCCCGCAGGACAGCUCCACCAACAUCCAUGAGCUCCGGGUCACCAACACCAGCAUCCAGUUCAACCUGCGUAAUUUGUACCGCCUGUCCAAGGCCUUGUUCCCACCGGAGCCUGGGGUGCUGCGAGAGAUGUGCAAGCAGGGCUACAGAGAUGGCCUGCGGUUCCUGAGGCGCAAUGGCCUCCUGAACCGACCCAACCCCCUGCUGGCGCUGCCCCCUGCACACAACCCUCCUCUCAAGGACAACGAUGUGGAGGACACCCAGGUGGCCCCAGCAGACGGCCACGGACAGCCGUCCCGGGAGGAUCACAUCCUGGACCAUCUGCCUUCACGGCUCAAUGAAGCCCUGCUGGAGGCCUGCAUAGAGCCCAAGGACCUGCUGACCACCUUCUCCAACAUGUUGCCUGUGCGUUUGGCCACAGCCAUGAUGGUGCCCUACACUCUGCCGCUGGAGAGUGCCGUGUCCUUCACCAUCCGCUUGCUGGAGUGGCUCCCCGACGUCCCCGAGGACAUCCGGUGGAUGAAGGAGCAGACGGGCAGCCUCUGCCAGUACCUGGUGAUGCGCGCCAAGAGGAAGCUGGGAAGCCACCUGCCCUCCAGCCUGUCGGAGCAGGUGGAGCUGCGCCGCGCCCGGUCGCUGCCCUCUGUGCCGCUGUCCUGCGCCACCUACAGUGAGGCGCUGCCCAGCUGGAUGCGCAACAGCCUGUCGCUGGGGGACGCGCUGGCAAAGUGGGAGGAGUGCCAGCGCCAGCUGCUCCUGGGCCUUUUCUGCACCAACGUGGCCUUCCCGCCGGAUGCCCUGCGCAUGCGUGCCCCCGCCAGCCACGCCCCCACGCCCCCACAGCUCCCACCCACCUUGCCCCCUUGCUGAAAGCCUUCCCGAGCCCCCUGGGGUCCCGGUGCGGAGGGCGGGGGGGCUCCCCCAGCUUCCCUGCCCCGUGAGGCGGGGCCCUGGGGCGGGCUGAGCUCCCCGCCCCACUCCCGGGCCUCUCUCUACUCCCCCUGCAGGCGUAAGGAGAUGGGGCCCCUCACAGCUGCUAGGAGGAGACUGGCUGUCAGCCCCCUCCGCCAGCCACUCCCGCGCUGCGCCGAGUGGGGAUGGGUCCAGAGCAGCCCUCCCCUCACCUGUGCCUUAGUCUCCCCCUCAGGCCCCGCCCCAGAAGUGGGGAGGAGGGCGGGGCCGCACCCGCAGGUGCCCCGCAGUCCGCGCAGUAUUACUCCUGAGAACUUUGUACCUGCUACUGCCUCCUCUUUUGUCGUGUUUUGCCGAAGAACGUGUGUGAAGAAUUAUUUAUUUUCACCAAAGCGGAUGUAAUAAAUGCCACGGCCCA